AUGGCUUCGCUUAGACGAUACAUGCGUGUUCCGAGAGAACUAUUACCCACUGAAAUCUUCAAACAAGAGUCUCAGUCCCCUGGUAAAAUAAUCGUUCAGAUUAUACUCUUGCAAAUGUUCUAUUAUCUCACUGCAUCAACUUUGUUUUAUUGCUGGGCGAAAAUAUGUGGGUACGAAAUAAAGCUAAAGCAAUGGUUGUUUACAUGGCAGGACAUUGAUUUCUCAAACUCUUUUGGUAUUUCUUUAUCAGCCCUUUGGUUAAUUGAUUCCUUGAUUUGUGUCUUUUUUUUGACCAUCAUAGUGGGAAGGAGUAAACUCGCGUGGGAUUUUGCCAUUACAAUCCAUGCUAUAAAUCUAGUAGUAGUAUGGACACACACAGGGCUAUUCCCUUCACUAGCAUGGUUUAUCUUGCAAUUUUUGUCUACACUGAUAUUGAUUUUCCUUGGGACUUGGAUUACCAGGUGGAGAGAGUUGAAAGACACAUUUUUCGAAGGUAUGGUGGAUGACGAUUCUGCACCUGCCAGUGCCAGCCAGCCAGCUUCUCAAGUUCCAGGGAAAAGCAUCGAACUUAGAGAUCUAGAAGCACAAAAAUAA